AUGGACCACAAAGCAGAUACCUGGUCCUGCUACCGCGUGCCUUUAAUUGUCAACCUUUUAGCAGCAUUCUGUCUCGCAGUGCUGAUUGCCCUUGGCGUCUAUGUUAGCAAAACACCCAUCUUGGUUGGCGGUACGUCGUCUCCAGGAUUCUCCGUCAUUAAGGUGGACCCAAACAGCUGGAACGUGGGUUGCACUGUCAUCGGCACCGCUGUUGGGCUGUUACUCUCAUGGGGAUUCUCUAGCUACGAUGAGCUCUUGACACGAAAGGAGCUCCAGAGCCCCACCGGAGUCUUGGCGAUGUAUCUGAGGCCGUUGUCUGCGAUGCGCGGACUGCAUCAAUUGCAACGACGGAGAUUUCCCGUGACGCGGAGCUUCCUCAUCCUCGCGAGCGCCAUCUCCUCCCUGAUCAGUGCUACGACCGUUGCGGUUUUUGGCAUUCAUACCGACAGUGUUACGGUCAUCAACCCCUCGGCUUCCUAUUCGCUAAAUCAACUUCCCAAAGGAGGCUAUGUGCGCAAUCCCGACCAUUCCUCUUACCCUAUUAUAGUAGAUGCCGAUGUCUCUCUUCUAAGCAGUUUCCUUUACCGAGAUGCCUACAUUCGAUCGUCGCAAACGAUGGUGUCGAACAUCUAUCUCGGCAGGGGUAAUUGGCAGCCAGUGUCAGGCACUCUUGGCAGCACGACAUAUCCCGGAUUGAAUACGUCUGGUAUUGGGUUGAACGUGACAUCUUAUACCCAAUACUCUGGUCCUUCAUCAGGUUUUAAUCUCCCUACCUCCUAUACCUUCGAGCGACUGGAUGCCGCAGUCUUCGGAACCAUCGUUGAAGUGACUUGCGUCAAUGCCACGGUAUCUUACAGCGUUUCAACGACGAAAUAUGGUGAUCCACAAAAUCCCGUCGUUGUGAUGUACAAUUUUGCAAAGAACACCGUCGUCAACACCACUGUACUUCUGAACAGAGACUACGCACUUCCAUUCAGCAUCGGCUCUGUUGUAACUGAACAGAAUGGUGAACCGCUCCAUACCUUUCUCUUCCCGGGUGAUGAUGUGGAUCAGCCAUUUGUCCUUGAGUGCACAUACGGAGGAAAUGAGAUACUAGCGACGAUUAGCCUUUCGGACCGUGUUUCGCCUCUUCAAGUCAACAGAUCCGUGACUCACGGAUUCCCCUUGGAUGCCACUGUGAAAUGGCAACUCUCAAACUUAACCGACAAAUAUAUAAACUUAUACAGUCACUCAGGUCCAGGAGGCAGCCUGGCAGAUGGUUGGGUUGCUUCGGAGUAUUCUCUCCGCAUUUACGACGGCAGCAGUUCAUUAGCUGCGCAGACGAUGGGUACGAUUUUGAGCGAACUAGGCCAGGCAUAUUUCAGUCUCAUGAGACAGAAUGUCGAAAAUGCCAAUCAGAUUCGUACCUCGGAUCAAAUGCUUGACAACGGGAGCUUUGUGAAGAUGGUAGUUUCGGUCCUUAGGGUGGGAGGCUCAUCCGACGCAUGGCUCCUUAUUUACGCCUUGAUGUUCAUCUCGGCCACGUCUGGAGUUGUCAUGGCAGCGGUCCAAGGGCAUGUGUUGCCGUGGUCACCUCAGGACCCCGUUGAGAUAUUACAGAAAUGUCUCCCCGCGGCCAACAUCGACGAGCUCACCCAUCUAGGGUACCGAGAGCGAUUUGAAGCCAUCAAUCGUGAUGGCGCAAGACUGUGA